AUGGGUGAUCGGGUCCAAACGAGUUCCUUGGCAGGCGCCGAAGAGGAUACCAAUCCAGCAUGUCAGUCGUGUCGUAGACGGAAGUUGAAAUGUCCAAGGGAGAGUCCAAGCUGCUCCCAAUGCAUCAGACUAGAAGUCGAGUGCGUUUACUUGUCAACCAAGAAGCCGGGGAUGAAAAGUGGGGCGAUUGAAGCUCUGAAUAGGAGGCUGCAAAUCUUGGAAGAUAUCGUCCUUCACGAUGAUGGAAAUCAAAAUCAGACAUAUUCAGGUGCCGGACUUGAGUCCCGGCAAGACUCUCGGAAUUCGCUCCUGCAAGUCUCCCAGGUAUUGAUCAAGGAACUUCAAAGGAUAUCUUCUUCUUCUUCGAAAGAUGAGCAUACCAACCCAUCAGGCGAGGAUGACACCCAAAGGAAACGGAGACGUAUCAAUUCAGACAAUGGCUUCAACGGCACGAACAACUUGGACUUCAACGAUGGAACCGACCUUCUCAGUUCUCUUCCAAGCUCGACGAUCUUGGACCUCAUAGUGAACAAGUAUUUCCGGAUACUUCAACACUGGAUACCAUUUCUACACCAGAAGCGCUUCCAAAGUCAGCUGAAUAAUCCACUGAAAAGAGAACAAAAAGCUGUUGUCCUGCAUGCUAUCACAUGUGCUACGCUGAGAUUUAUGAAGGGCGACAGUCUUGGCAUGAAUGAUCAGGAGGUUUUGAAUCAAGUCCGCCAAUCGAGGCAAGUUGUCAUAUUGACGGCUUUGAGUCGGCCGUCCAUGGAGAAUCUGCAAGCUCUCAUCAUCAUAGCAUUCGACCACAUCGGCCGCGGAGAUGUGGAUAAGGCUUGGUCUCUCAUUGGAUCUCUCACGAGAACAGUGGAGUAUCUACGCCUGACUGUGGAACCAGAAGCACUUCAACGUCGACCAUUACGUCGACCUCUCACACUUCUUGAGCCAACGAGUGACUGGACAGAAAUUGAAGAAAGGCGACGCCUGUUCUGGAACAUCUUUCUUCUCGAUCGCUACUGCUCCAUUACGACGGGAUGGAACACCAGUCUGACAUCAGAUGAUGUCCAUCGGAAAUUGCCCUGCGAUGGCGGGCUUUGGCAUCGAGAAGAGCCAUCCGACACUCCCUACUUUGGAAUCUGGAACAAAUCGGCCGCUAAGAUUGGGAACUCAAUUGCAUUCAUUCCAGCUCAUUACCCAACUCCGGAUCAUGAGAUAGAACCCGAUAACGUGCGCAGCCCAGGAGUCGCUUCAAAUUCCGCUGUUGUUGAUACGUCAAAAUUGGGUGCAUUUGCGUAUUGUAUUGAGGCGACUGAAUCACUCAGUCAGGUGACCACCUUCUUCUUACAACAGAGGAUUGAUUUCCAGAACAAGCGCGAAGUUGGAAGUUGGCUCACCAGAUUCAAAGAGCUUGACCUCAGAUUGGUGCACUGGAAAAUGUUUCUUCCCCAACAAUGGAAAGACUCCAAUGUCUCUCGGGACGUCUCAUUCGUUGAGAUGGAUCCUAAUCUCACACUUGCACACAUUACACACAACACAUCCAUGAUCCUGCUCCAUCAACAUAUUGCUUAUCCUCCACCUCAUUGGAACGAUUUGGUCAAGUUGCCAAGCUCAUGUAGUGCCGAGACGUGUCAACUAGCAGCAAUUGAGACUUCUGCUAUCUGUCAAAAAUAUCUCAAAUAUACCGAGAACGGGAUUGUGAACAGCCAGUUUGCGCUGUGUACAUUCAUCGCCGGACGAAUACUCCUUGUAAACUGGAAGUUCUACAACUCAGAAUUAUCUCCUGAAUUCUUCAGCUUAGUUGAUUGUCUCUACGAAAUGUCACGACGGUGGCAAGGGUAUGAACAGCCUGACUCAUCAGAUCCGUCGAAUGAGAAGGGGUCAAACAUCGCUGCACAAUACGCAACGCAGCUUGAAAGCUUCCAUGCCUCAUUUUUGAACAACCCACAUUUCUGUAUGAACGUCCUGGGAUAUUCUCAAGACUCAGCUGGCAGAAUCGUGGACAGCUUACUACCAUCUACUUUCUCCGCACACGUCACAUCACCAAAUACCUUCCCGUCGCCUUCUCAGCUGCAACGAACAGCAAGUUUCUACAACCCCAGCCCAAGAUCACAAACAACAGGAUCUGCAGUCCAGCCAAACAUUUCACAACAUCCGCCAGGAGUAGCUGAUCCUAGAUAUCCGGCCGAGAAAUCAUCUCCUCAGAACACUGUCAGAACUCCACGUGGAAGCAUCCCGAACCUGGGAAGUCGCGAAUGGCAGAAUUUCCAUAAUCCGCAGCACAUGGGCAUGGCCAGCAAUAUCCACAUGCCUCAGAAUAAUAUGCAGCCGAAUAUAGACUACGAUUCUGUCUCUGUCGAUGACGAAUUGACAGCAAUGUCGAAUGCUCUGCUCGGUCAACAGUUCUUGGAAAUGGACAGAGUAAUCACUUAUGACGGGACGAACUUUGCCAUCGAUUUGGAUGGCUGGUCGGGCAUGAACUGA